AUGAUGACAAUCAAGCAAAGUCGCGUCACACAUCACAAAUCAGCUGAUGAAGAUAACAUAAACUCUGAAGAACAUGAAUGCUGUCGUAGUACUGCGACGGAAAAUCCAGCAGUGUAUCGAUUGGAGGAUUCUUCACCGCUGAUACAUAUAGUUCUUGCAGUGUGGUUUCCAUUUCUGCUCAUCCUUCAGCACACGACACUGCUGGCUCUUAGAGGUCGUUUGUGCAGAGCAUCAACAAGGAGACUAACGUCAGGAGAAUUUUAUGACGGACUUGACUGUAAUAAAGGAAAGGGGAAGGGAGAAGGCCGCGCGACAAGCCUGCUCUAA